AUGGUAAAGGAGGGCCAGAUCUCGUCCUUCAACGCUCUGAGAUUAGCACGGUUUCUAUUCCAAGACCUACGGCUCUCAGCCAGACUGCUUCCGGGUGGCCAACUCGCUCGCAAAAACUGCACUAAAGAAGCUUAUUGGAUUUUAUUUGAACUUCGGACGCUUUGGAAACCAGAAAAUCAUGGCAGUUGUUUACCGAUUAAAAGCAACAACGAUUUCGAUGUGAUGUGUCAUCACGUGGCAGUUCCUCCUACAAUUAGCAGCUGUGUGAUAGCCGCUGUAUAGACACAUUUCCAGAUUAUACGUGCAAUGCAUAAGCAUUUAUUUCAAAAUCAAAUCCAGUCGUCGCCAUGUUGUCAAUUUUUGAGAAUACAGUUAACAAUUUUGAUAUGAUUUUUUUAGCUUUGUUUCUUUUAUAUCUUUAUCAAAGAUAACUGCAGCU